AUGAGUCAAUCAAGCACUCUACGGCCGUAUGUGACCAGGCAACAGCGUCGUGAACACAGCCUUCAUACUCUCAGUGCUUUGGCGACCAACCUCCAAACGGCCGUGAACAAUACUAUCGCUGCCGGAAGCAAAUAUGAAUCAGUUGAGGUGCUUGCCUUCCACUGGGCGAACGACACGAUGGGUGUAGCUGUCUUGGAGGCCGAGCUUUUACAGUAUCUGACUCAAGUAUAUGCGUACAACUGCGAGUCUUAUGAGAUCCCCCUCCAGGCUUCUUCCGCUCUAUUAAUGAACAAGCUCUCCAUAUGGUCUAUCGCCCGGCGUGACAAGAAUAUCUUAAGAAUAUACAUCUACUCGGGUCAUGCCGGCCGCAUGACCCCGGAAGACCUGUCGUGGACGAUUGCCGGCCAGUCCAACGCUAAUGGAGUCAUUACUGGACCCAGCCUAAACAUAAAGUCAGCACUUUACGCGUGCGAGAACUUGGAGGGAGACAGCCUCUACAUUUUCGAUUGCUGUUCUGCUGGCUCAGUCGCGCUGUGGGAUGGGCCGGAAGCCAUCGCAGCUUGCGGCUGGGGCCAGACCAGCUCCUCAAACGUGAACUUUUGUCUCACCCGAGUCCUAUUGGACACGCUCAUCGACAAUAAUGGUGCCCCUAUCACGGUGGCCUCCCUCUUUUCCCGGCUCUAUCGUAAUGCGUCACAGAACCAGGUGGGAGCAUGUCCUGUUCACAUACCGAGACGUGACCAUCCAAGCAUAACUUUGAAGCCCUUGACUCGUGUUUUCCGCCCAAGCUCCCACUCUCGCUGUUCCGAGCGCAUCCUUCUCUCGAUAGAGGUCAAUGAUACCGCAAAUGAGCGCGAUGUCAAGGCCUGGGAGGCCUGGCUGCUCAGAGGAAUCCCCGAUGACGUGCUGAGCAUUAAUAUUAAAGUGGAAGGAUCUUUCCACAGCCACUCGACCGUCGUUUUGUUAACUGUGCCAAUAGAAGUGUGGACCAUGCUCACUGAUCAUCCGGGAUACAAGUUUAUUUCCCUCGUUACCUCCAAUAAUGGGCUUUUGAAGGAGGAGCUACCCUAUCGUCCUGCUUAA